UAUCUUCGUCUUCAAUUAGGGGAUUUCUAUGCAUAUCUGUCAACGCACAAGAGCUUUAUAGGUAUUGCACAAUUUGGUUAUUUCUCUGAUACGCGUUACAAUGGAAGAUACGAUGAUGAUUUCGUAUGAAGAUACGCACGGAAUCAAGAAUUUACUAUACGUAUCGAGCUAUCAACUGAUAUGAACAACUAGGUUCCACGCCAUGUUAUGUUGGAACCACUUUUAUCUGGAGGUUUACUGUUCGGUUGUGAAGAAGCAACAAUGAGUGUGGAGCAGUCACAAAGGAGAGUGCUUCCUCAAAUUGUUAAACUGGACAUGGCGUCAAAACUGGCUGAAAAGUGGGUUAAUAAUAUGACCAGAAUCGAAGAGGCUGCACCUAUGGAGGUGGAAUCAGAAAGUCAACCACAUAGGCUAGGAUUGGGUGCCAAAGUUGGAUGCAAAACCAAAUAUAUACCUUCAGACGACCCCGUUGAAAAGAAGUUACAUGCUAAGCUGGAAGCUGAAAAAAUAAAAGCUGCAAGAAGCAUUGAGGAGUCCAACCCAUCUACUCAAAAUAUAUGUGGCUAUGACGAAAGUGACGAGUAUUUGGAGAGCAGAGCUAAUGCAUUUGCAAAGAAAAGAGCUCCUCCAGCAGCUUUUGUACAGGCAAAAAAGAAACCGAAGUAAAAGGUUACAUCAGUGACUUUUAACCUUUUGGUGUAAAUUGUUUAUACAGUUAGUUUCCUCUUUUUUUAUUUUUAUGAAUGAUGUUGAUUUUUAUUAUUGGUUGUUAUUUAGCAUGUGUGGUAGGAUUCGAACCUCCAACUUGUUGGAAAUCUUAAGGAGUGGCUAUCACUAGGCCAACAGAUUCUUGUUAGUUUCUUGGUGCAAUCAAAUUACAUGGUUUUGAGACCUCUUCAUUCACUA